CUUAUAACUUUACUAAAUUUUUGGUUUAGGCAACUGCUUUAGUGUUGUGUUGUGUAUCCCCGUCGUGCCCUGAAACCUCUAUGUCUGUUAAAAUGUGUCAAAGAUUGCAGAUAUUUUGCUCCAGUUAAAUGUUUAUUGAAGAAAUGAGCUCCUAAUAAUCCAUUAGGUAUCGUAAAUAACUGCCCACAAAUUUAAGUUGAAACGAACUUGAGGUCUUACUUACCCUCAAGUACCUCGGAUUGAUUGGGCUCUAAAUCUGUGCAUUAUUUCUAUUGAACACGCCACAAUUUUUAAGUGCUUUCAAAUAAUAUUUGGUAAGCAUUCUAAACCAAAAAGGGGGAGCUUCUAACAAAACUGAUUGUUUUUUAAAUGAUUUUGUUAACACUUUACACAUGUAUUUUAAUACAUCCAAAUUACAAAACAUGAAAUAUAAUCACUGGACGAACAAAACAGGAACUUUUGGACAUUGAAAUACGAGCUUAAAACUGUCUCUCAACAUCGUCAACGUUCAGGAAAACAAAAGCUUAAAACGAAACCACAGGAAAUAAACAAAAAGUGAAGUGUGUAGUUUAGAAACAAACGGAGUCAAAUUGCGAGAUACAAGUAGACAUUUAUUAUCUAGGCAGAAAAGAUGGCUUGUAUGGAAAGAUGGUACAAAUUGGGUUGCGGUAAUUUUCGGUAUAGGUAUUCCAGUAGAUAUCCAGUACCAAAGUAUAACGCUAGGAAUGGUCAUGAAAGCUUAUUAUCAAUUACCAAACAACAGCAGUUACUAUACUAAUCCAACUAUCGAUUUUGAAAGGAAGAAACGAUCACCUACCAGAUGGACGAUAUACGACAUGAUAGAGAGCUAUUUACAAAAGAAUAAAUACGGAGAUGGUAAAGCUUGUCUUUUGAAAUCAAUUUGUGAACUUGCUGCUGUUCCUUUAGAAGAAAGAUCUGGGCUUUUGGCGGAGAUUGUCCACAGUAUAUUAACACCUUCCUCUACUGACGAUGAAAUAGAACAGCAUGCCCACAAUGCCUAUCACGCUGCAGAAAAGCUAGGGAAGGAUGGAGAAAAUUGCGAAUACCUUUUCCCCGAAUGUCCUGUUGGUCCGAUUCAACAAUUUUCAAGAUUUAUGAAUAUAAAUAAAUACAUGUAUUAAUUCGUUAUUAUAUUAAAAAGUAUAUAAUUUAUUA